CGACAUUUUUGGAGAAAUCCGUGCCAAGAGUCUCAAACAUUUUGAAAUCGGCUGAUUGUGCUUAUUUGGAGCGCGUAACUCCGUUGAAACGGCUCGAUAGCGUUGAGCGGUUAACACCAUACUUUUCUGUAGUUUUUGUAAUAUUGAUCUUUCCCCCUAGCUUGGAGCGUAAUUCUUCAAGGGCGAGAUCAAUUGGUGCCAUAUUGAGCGAGAUAACGCGCUUUCAAAUAAUGGUCAAUUUUCGUGUUUAUGAUCUAUAUCGUGCAACAGGUGGGAUCGUGCAUUAGGCGGUGAGGGACGGUAACAGCGGGUGAGCGACGUGUAGAUCUCGUACGAUAAUCCGACGUGUCCGAUACACAGCAUGACCGAGCAGAAAAUGGACACACUUCCUGUGGAGAUCAUCCUUGCCAUCGGUAGUCAUGUUUCCGACGUAGGUGGCAGACUUCUAUUGCUUCAAGUAUGCCGACGUUGGCGAGCCCUGUUCCUCGAGGUCGCAUACAAUCAUGUCGAUAUCAAGGGGCCUCAGAUCGAGCCCCUGACGAAAGUGAUACUGGCCAACCCACGGAUAGGACCAGCCAUCCGUAGUCUAUCAGUCGGAUGGUGGUAUUCAUACAUCGAUCACCACCCACAACGAAAAAAUGAUGACAAUCUGCCAGAAGCGGCAGAGGAGCUGGCAGGGCAAAUCAGUAGAUCACCGGAGGAGCAGAAAGACUGGAUCGAGAAUCUCCGAGCUGGGAACCAGGAAGCAUGGCUUGCUCUUCUUCUUGCCUCGGUGCCGAAUCUCACCGCACUGUCUGGGGAAUAUUGUGUACACGCGCCGAGAGUGACGCUGGUUGUUGCGAGGGCGGCACGCAAGGAACCACCGUUUGACACCAGGCCGGCACUGCAGCGGUUGGAGACGCUUCAUAUCACCUCCGACAAUAUGAAGGAUAUCAAUCCGCACUGGCAGUUCCUGCCAUUCUUCCAUCUACCAUCGCUUAGGGAUGUGAAUUUGGACGCUGUGAAGGAAGUCAGAGAAAGGGACAGACUGGACCACCCGGCUAUAUCUCCUGCGUUAGGCAUAGCGCCCGUAGAAUCACUGGUUCUAAAAUCUUACUGUAACGAGAGAAAUGGAAUGGCGCAGAUUAUCACCUCCUGCGCCAACCUCAAAGAAUUCAAAUACCAGCACAACGACACGGAGGUCUGGUCGGAGUCAUACGUCGACUUUCAACCCCGAAAGUUCUACAGGGCGCUGCUGACGCAGAAGCACAGCCUUGAGGUCCUUCAUCUGAGCGAUAAUGGCGAAGUGACCGGGCCUGCGACAGAUGAACUGAGCGACGACGAGGAGAAUGACGGCCCCCAGGCAUAUGAUCGGUGGUUUGGAUCACUGGCGGAAUUCAGUUACCUACAGGAUCUUCGCAUCCGCGUCCAGAACCUUCUCAACUACCAUGACCGCGAUAAAGACGAAUGCGUCGUGCUCAAGGACAUUCUACCUGCCAGCUUAAGGUCGCUACAUGUAGCCGAAUGCUGGCCAAAACACUGCGCGGUGCUCGUGCCGAAUAUGCAAGGAGUCCUUGCUCAUCACAAGGAAAGGUUCGCUAACCUAAAACGGAUCGGUAUCUCUUCCGGGGUAUCUGAAGAUGUACCUGAAGGGCAGAACAGGUUCAGCUAUCCACGUCAGGAACUGAUUCCGGAAUCACUCAAGAAGCCAUUUGUGCCUGUCAAGGAGAUGUGUGACCGAGCGGGUGUAAAAUUCAAAAUGACGCUGGCCACUAAAUUAGAGUCCUACUUUGCAUACAUAAUUUGA